AUGGACGACCACGAGGCCCAGUACCACCACCAGCAACUCGAAUGGCAUCAGAAGAAACAUGAACAACAGGUGCAACGACAGCGGCAGCUUAGAGGACCCGACGAUGAGGGCCAGACACAUUCCCCAACGUCAUCGUCGCCGCCGCCGCUACACUCGCCCAAGUCGCUGCAGCAAACGUCUUUGACAACUCUCAAGAACGAGGACGAGAAAUCCCAGAGCAAGCAACAGACCCUGCAGGACGAGCAGCCCGGUCUGGAGCCUGCGCCAGUACGCUGGUCCAACGCCCCGAUCCCAUACACACCACAUGACGAUGUUCAGAGUCCAGCGGGGCAGAGCUCAAUUAGCCAACUCUACGCCGUGCCAGUUGAGUCAACAUCACCACCAGCGCCAUCAGCAAUUGGCAAGCGCCGGAUUCUCGGUCUUUCUGUGCCUGUCUUCUGGGGUCUUGUCAUUGCCCUGGUGAUUGUCCUGGCUGCAGGACUCGCCGGCGGCGUCGCAGGCGGUCUGAUAGCCCAGAAGGCCAAUGCCUCACCCGAUCCAACGUCAACCGCCGACUCCGCGUCUUCCAACCCAUCGACAACCACGACAGCCGCAACCUCCGCCGCGGCCACCGCUCAAGCCUCCGGCAGCGUUCUCCCCGCCCCCACCGACGGCGGAUGCCCCACAAUCAACUCGACGACCUUCGCCCCGCUCGAUGCCGAGGGCGAGGCCAUGGGUCUCAGCAACGGUCAGGGCCAGAUCUUCCGCCAGCUGUGCGAGGUCAACUACCCCGGCGGAGCGGCCUACGGCAACCCGGGCAUCUACGACAUCCUCAAGGCGUACGUCUCGACGUUUGACGAGUGCAUGACGUUGUGCGCGGCGCAUAACCAGGCAUAUUACCUCAACCUCGGCAACGGGGACGUGGCGAAGGGGGGAUAUUGCCGUUCUGUGGCUAUGAUCAAGACGCCGGGCGAGUAUUGCUACUUAAAGAAUGGCACGGGGAUAUCGGAUACCUUUGGGCAUCCAAAGGACUUUGUCAGUGCAGUUGUCGUUUCUGGUCUAGAUGUCUAG